AUGACUACUUCUACUUCCCCAACGCAGGCGCAAAUCUUCCCUGGGAAAGGACUCGGGUUUAUCACCCUGGGAGCUUCGCUCCAUAAUGUCCUCACCCGCGUCAAGUCCUAUCCCCAAACCUAUCCCGCUAUCGACCUAGCCUACUCCCCCGCAGAUCCCCUUCGCAAACCGGUGGUAUUGCAGUUACCGUCAAAUGGCCUGCGCUUUCGAUUUGACGGUCCUGACCAGAGGCUCCGUUUGAUCGAAGUUCUUGACUUCUCUCGAGUAAACUUGGUAUACAAAAACCAGGAGGUGCUCAAAGGUGGGAAGUCAGCAGAACAACCCUUGUCUUCGCAUGGGCCUAGCUUCCGGCACGUCUACAAUCGCUUGUUUGGUCCAUCAUACCCAGGGGAAUAUGUACCACCAGCAGAUCCACAGUCGCCAUAUGGCACCUACGUACUCUCGUAUCCCGGGGUUGCAUUCUCGUUUCCCCUUCAGCACUCCGCCUGGUCCGACCAGUGUGAUUUUGUAGCGUUGCUAUCCUCCUCGGCCGCCCUUCCGGCCACAUCCAUGUCAAUCUUCCAAGGGUCGUCAUGGCCCGAGGUCCGAGCCAAGUUGUUCACGCAACAAGCACAGUACCCACGCUCGUCGGCUUUGAUUGGUAAAUCCCGAGAAUCGCUGGCGGAUGAAAUCGAGGAGUGGCAUGUCCUUGGUGCUGGGAAACUUGAAGUGGUUCGCAGGACGGGCUCUCCAUUGUACAUAACACUGGGAGAGACGACUCCGCAGGACUUGAUUGCAGACUUUGGCCCACCCGACGCAAUCUACCGUAAGAAUGACCGCCGAAUCUCGAUUCAUCGUGCAGCUGGGGGUGGGGACCUGCACUUGAGUCCCUCUCCAGGCAGAGGAAUCGAGAUUCCGGACGGCGACCACUCGUCCACUAACAGCGUAACUGAUGAUUCUGACGAAGAGAUGACUACCUUGAAUAUCGGAGACCCCACCUCACUGCCCGCAGAAUGCUUUUUCAACUACUUCCACCAUGGGUUCGAUGCCUUCAUCUCGUAUCCAACAACACCUGGACCUGCCUUCCCCGACUCAGGCCGUCCAGAUCCAUCGCCCCAGCCACCGUCUUCCCAGCUGACAGUGACCAAGAUUAUUCUCCAUGGGAACGUGCCGGGUUCUUAUCCAUUUAAUCGUCACCGGCGAAGUCGCUGGCUAAUUUCCUUGGAUGAAUCUGGCGACUGUCUGACUUCGGAAUCGCCCUAUGAUGAAAUCUCAGAACGGCUGCGUACUACUUGGAAAGGAUCUUAUGCCAGCCCCGCCGAGGAGCGUGCUCUGCAACGGCCAAUGGUGCUGAACCGUGGCUGGGGAGAAAGCCCUGAGAGUAGCGUUGAGUUUCUCGGUGGCUGGGAGGAGACCACGGCCAAAGACCUGACAAGUUAUCAAGCUUACGUAGGGAUUAGAUUGUUUAUUUACAUCAUCGCCGCGCGAACGCUCAAGGCUCUAGACCAACGACGUCCCACUGUACUCCGCCUUGAGACUGAGCCAUCCUCAUGUCACAAUGCUCUACCUCACAAUGUCAAGUCGAUCAUUGUUAAGCGACAGAAGGACGGAUGGGCCGCCGAAUUUCAGCGCGAGAAAGAAGCCUACAGGACACUGGAGUACCUUCAAGGAACAGUCAUUCCCCAACUUUUUGGUGAAGGCUCGCUCAACGGAAUUCCUGCGCUUAUUUUGUCAGAGGUUGCUGGAUCCACAGUAUCUGAGCUUCCUCGCAACGGGGUCGAAGUCCGAGAGGACAUGUUGCAAAGUCAUCUUAAAGAAGCUCUCUCUGUUUUGAAUCAAUACGGGGCGGAGUAUUCAGACCUAAGACCGGAUAAUUUUAUGAUUUGCGACAACGGGAGUGUGGUGAUCUUGGAUCUCGAAGACGUUUCCUUUUCAUGGAAACCGGAGGAAUCUGCUUUCGAUAACUGUGGUAACUUGGGCGAUGCUGCCUACCUGAUGAGCAAAUCCAGAGAUAUUAGAGAUCCAAAUCGACCUUCAACACCCGUCCCACCUAUACUGAAGUCGGUCAAUGAGGAAAAGAGACAAUAUUUUGGGCCCUACACAGUGCCUGACCCCAGUAAAGGAAGUUGCUACAUAGCAAUCUGA